UAUGCAUUACAGGGUUUUCCACGCCAAUUCUCUGAGUGGGAUCUUCGAUUCUUCAUCAUUCUUGAUCUUCGAUUUCUAACCCAAAGGAGUCAGGCGGUAGAGAAGAAGGAGGAGGAAAGGCACUUCCCAGACGAGCUUCUUUCCCCCACCCAAUUUCUUUGAACCCGCCAGAGGGAUGCGACUGGUUGGUUCUUCCCCUUCUUCCAAGAAGACAAUCAGCAGCGGGUAAGACAAAGAACCAAGAAAUUUUAUACAUUUUAGCGUUCUUAAUGCGAUUCUAAUUCGAAAACCCAUCAAUUUUAUGCGAUGAUUAUGAAACAACAACGAUAGCAAUACGCCCUAGAAUAGUUUUGUUGGGUUCUUUAUAUAAAUUACAGUACUUGGGGGCAUAUUUGUUCUGCGUUUUGAGAUCGUAAUGGAUGGUUCCAUGGCUGAUCAGGCCGGAAAGCGCCGGUUACCUUUCUGGAAUUCGGAUAUAGUUGCUGUUGAGACCAAUCGAAAGCCCAAACUAAGUGUGAAGCCAAGCUUGAAGGUGGAGAAACGUGAAACGAAGAAAAGGAAGGUAAACCCGACUCACAAAGAUGCUAAGAUUUCUGAUUUAGGCAAAAUUGAAACAGUAUCAAACAGUGAAGAUGGUGAUGAUGAAGAAGAGCUUACCAUUGAAGAUUUGAUGAGUAUAGCCAAGGAGUACACUAGAACUGAUGAAACAAAUCAGCCGUCAGUGAAUCUUGAAUAUAGAACUGAUAUUUUUUGUGGGAAGAAUGAUAGUGAAUCAGAAACCCAUUUGAAUACUUGUCUCAAAUAUAAACCAGCUGAAGAAAAAUCAUUUGAAAAGACUGUUGUUAGUCCUCCUACUUCAACAGGGGAUUCUACUCAAGAUAUGCUGAAUUUGUUUCUUGGACCCUUGUUAACAAAAUCACAAAUGGUGGAAAAGAAAUUAGAUUUAUCUAAUAAGGAGGAGUAUAUAGGUCCUUCAGUCACAGAAAAUAUCGAGGCAGAAGGCCUGAAAAAAUCAGUUUCUGAGGUAUCGGUUCCUUUGGAGAAGAAGAGAUGCAGUCUCAAAGACAAGGUGGCAAUGCUUCUUCAGUGAAUGGGACUGAUUUUGACUAGUGAUCAGGUUAGGUUAUUGCAGAAGAACGCCAGCAGUUUUAAGUUGUUGAUAACUCGCAAAUACGACGAUCAAGAUGAGGAUGAAGGUCUGGAAUUACAAAACAUACAAUACAACUCAAAUAAAUCUCGACAGUAGAGUAUAGGUGUAGAUAUAAUCAGUGUGAGCAUCCUCUUCCUUUUGGUUCAACACUUCACCCGAUUCCAUUAGUUGAUGAUCUUCUUCUCUUAUCACAUGAACCACCUAAAUCCACAAUUUCAUUUAUCAAUAAUCUCAAAUAAAUUACCCCUAAGAGUUAAGAAGAUAUAUAUAUCUCUAUCGAGUCUUUUGAUAAAAUGUGUGAUUUAUCAAAAAAACAAUUAAGCUACCUCAUCGUGUUUGGCUUGCACAACUGAAAUCCCUGGACGAGCGACAGCAUAGGACUGCGAGAAGCAAAUGAGAAGGGCUAAAGUGAAAAAUACAACGAGUUUCGCCAUUUUCAUUGGUUCAAGAAUCAUGUAAGUUUUGGUUAUUUAUAUAAUAUUUGGUUUUAAUAAAAAAAAUUAUAUGUGAUAGCAAUUUUGAUUUCUUUAGUAGGUUCAUUAAUGUGGGAGUUGAAAUUUUAAAUAAAGUAAAAUAAAAUUCCC